AUCUUUGUUUUAGCGACAACAACAUGAAAAAAAGUAUUCAAGGUUCAAUUCCAGAUUAGAGAGCUAUGGAGCAGCUUAGAAUUUGCAUUUCCUUGACAGUAAUGUGGUGGCUGCUGGAAAUGGCUGCUUCCGAUCCACAGACCUAUCUGCUCAACCAAGGGUGCAGUCGAUUCAACGUGACUAGCUUUUCCGAUUUCUCGAGAAACCUAAACAGAACGUUGACGGAGCUCCGAGGGCAGUUAGAGAACGGCAUGUACUUCGCGGUGGCUCAAGAAGCAACGGGUUCGGACCCGGUCUACGCCAUGGUGCAGUGCAGGAAUUACAUGUCUAGACGAGACUGUAUCUCUUGCUUCACUACUCCUUCGUCGCAAAUCCGAAGCUGCUCCGCCGCUAACGGUGCCCGUAUCAUCUACGACGGUUGCUUCCUCAGGUACGAGAGCAACAUGUUCUACCAGCAAAGCACACAAGAGGGACACCUUGGGAAUUGCGGGAACCGCUCAGCAUCGCAGCAUACUAUUUUCGAAACAACAGUGGGAAGGCUAUUAGGGAAUCUUGUAAGGGCGACGCCGAGGAUCGAUUCGUUCUUCGCCACGAGCAACGAGGAAGUGGCAUGGUUGGUGUAAACGGCAAUGUAACAGCGUACGGGGUGGCGCACUGCAUGGAAACCAUCGACGAGACUGGGUGCAAGGCAUGCUUGGAAGUGGCUUUGGACAACAUUCAAAGAUGUCCGCCUGAUUCAGAUGGUCGAGCAGUUGACACGGGUUGUUUCCUAAGAUACUCAGACUCCCCCUUCUUCCCUGCUAACUACACCGUUGAACUUAGGCCCUUCCUCAGAACCAGAAAUAGAACUAAAAGGAAUGUUCUGAUUGGAGGACUGUCUGGAGGUGGAGGUCUCCUCCUGCUUCUAACUUUAAUAUUGUUUUGGGUCAGAAAAUCAAGAAACAAUAUUGCA